UUGUCGGUGGGCUGGGCAAGAGCGCGUGGCUGGAUAGCGCUUUCUUCCAGCAGCAGCCGACGCAAGGAGAGAGUCGCAGCAUCCCCUUUCCAGGGUAGUACCAGCUGUUUACGGCGAAGGGACGGGCAGGGCAGCGGCAGGAAUAUAGGCGUUGCCAGCAUCUAAGGACUAUACCGUCGCGUCGGCACUGAAAGGCGUCUAAAUGCUGCAUUCGGGUACAAAAUCUAGUUCAUUCAUACAUUCGCGUGAACGUGCUUAAUACCGAAGGCUGUCUUUUGUUUUAUUAAACGGCUGGCUACCGUUUUGCUAAUUUCAGACGGGGCAGUAACGAUGCGUAUGGAGCGCGGGACAGACAGUGCCGCCGCGUCGCGUGAUAUCAUAUGAUUUCAGCCUUUUCGUGACGGCAGAAUUUUAUCGUAACCGUGAACACGGGCUGAAUUUUAUUCCGGUAGCCGCAGAGAUGUCAAAGAAUAAAAAUUGCGAGACGGUCAAAGUGGUGGUGCGAUGCCGCCCACUCAGCCGAAAAGAAGAAGCGACGGGCUACGAAAGUAUCCUGGACAUGGACGUCAAAUUGGGGCAGGUAACACUGAGGAAUCCGAAAGCGCCGCCUGGGGAAUUGCUAAAAACGUUCACAUUUGACGCCGUGUACGACGCCAGCUCCAAACAAAGCGACCUUUACGACGAGACCGUCAGACCCCUCAUAGAUUCCGUAUUGCUCGGUUUCAACGGGACUAUAUUUGCGUACGGGCAGACGGGCACGGGAAAAACCUACACGAUGCAAGGGCUGUGGAUGGACCCGGAGAAGAGGGGCGUCAUUCCGAAUUCCUUCGAGCACAUUUUCACGCACAUAUCCAGAUCCCAGAACCAGCAGUACCUGGUGCGAGCCUCCUACCUGGAGAUUUACCAGGAGGAGAUCAGGGAUCUGCUGUGCAAGGACCACGCCAGGAAGCUGGAGCUCAAGGAGAACCCGGACUCGGGCGUCUACAUCAAGGACCUCUCCUCCUUUGUGACCAAGAACGUGAAGGAGAUCGAGCACGUGAUGAACGUGGGGAACCAGACGCGGUCCGUGGGCUUCACCAACAUGAACGAGCACAGCUCCCGGUCGCACGCCAUCUUCGUCAUCACGGUGGAGUGCAGCGAGCUGGGCCCCGACGGGGAGAACCACAUCCGGGUCGGCAAGCUCAACCUGGUGGACCUGGCGGGCAGCGAGCGGCAGAGCAAGACGGGCGUCCAGGGAGAUCGCCUGAAGGAGGCCACCAAGAUCAACCUGUCCCUCUCCGCCCUGGGCAACGUCAUCUCCGCGCUGGUGGACGGUAAGAGCACCCACGUGCCGUACCGCGACUCCAAGCUCACGCGCCUGCUCCAGGACUCGCUGGGCGGCAACGCCAAGACCAUCAUGGUGGCCACGCUGGGGCCGUCGUCCUACAGCUACGAGGAGACGCUCACCACCCUGCGCUACGCCAACCGGGCCAAGAACAUCAAGAACAAGCCGCGGGUGAACGAGGACCCCAAGGACGCGCUGCUGCGGGAGUUCCAGGAGGAGAUCGCCCGCCUCAAGGCCCAGCUGGACAAGCGCGGGAUGCUGACCAGGAAGCGGAGGCGGGACGGGCGGCGGGCGAGGAAGGCCGCGGACGACGGCGGGGUGGAGGGGGAGGAGGGCGGGACCGACGGGGAGGCGGAGGAGGAGGAGGAGGAGGAGGAGAUGGAGGAGGACACGGAGAACAACGUGGAGAAGGACGUGGAGGACUACGUGAAGGAGCAGCAGGAGCUGGAGCUGGAGAAGGCCGCCAUUCGGGACGACCGCAGCCUGGUGGCGGAGGAGAAGCAGCAGAUGCUGGAGGAGAAGGAGAGGAUGAUGAUGGACCUGAGGAAGGAGCAGGAGGCCACCGAGAUGCUCACCGCAAAAUUCAAGGCCAUGGAAAGCAAGCUGCUGGUUGGCGGUAAGAACAUCAUGGACCACACCAACGAGCAGCAGAAGAUGCUGGAGCUGAAGAGACAGGAGAUCGCCGAGCAGACGCGUCGGGAGCGGGAGAUGCAGCAGCAGAUGCUCCUGCAGGACGAGGAGACGCUGGAGCUGAGGGAGACCUUCUCCUCCCUGCAGCAGGAGGUGGAGCUCAAGACCAAGAAGCUCAAGAAGUAUAAAAAGCUACACGCCAAGCUGCAGUCAGUGAAGGCCGAGAUCCAGGACGUGAACGACGAGCACGUGAACGCGCGGCAGGAGCUGGAGCAGACGCAGAACGAGCUGACCAGGGAGCUCAAACUGAGGUACCUGAUCAUCGAGAACUUCAUCCCUCCCGAGGAGAAGAACAAGAUCAUGAACCGGCUGGUGUUUGACGCUGAGGAGGACCAGUGGAAGUUCCAGCCUUUCGUUCAGGCGGAUGACAGUAAAUCCGUUCAGAUGAAGAGAAGGCCUACCUCUGCAGUGGGGUACAAGCGGCCAAUCAGCCAGCACGCUCGGGUUGCCAUAGCGAUGGGAGCUCACUCCAGAUACCGGGCCGAGAACAUCAUGUUCCUGGAACUGGACAUGACUCCGCCCACCACCUUCCACCUGGACUUCCUGAAGCCGGAGCAGGACCUGGCGCUGCAGCUGGGCCGGGACCUGCUGCUCGACAACGCCUCCUACAGGGAGAGGACUGCCGCUGCGCGCGUCCGCAAGUCUCGCUCCUGGUGUCAGCAGCCCUGCGGGAUCUCGUCCUCCUCCUCCAUGUGUUCCCUAAACUCAGGGGCGCAGUACCUGCCCCACAGCCAGGGGGCGACAGCCACCUCAUCUCAUCCGUGAAAGGGACAGCCCCAGCCCCCCCGCCCCCUG